AAUGAACGUUACAGAGGGAGGGAAAAAUGAACUGAACAAGUCAAAAUUGAUCAAUGGUGAAUAUCCACCAGCAAAACGAUUGAAGAGUAACGGAUUAAACACGCUAGAUAAUCAGGGAUCUCUAGAAGAGGUAGAGAGAUUGGCCAAACUGAUCAAGCAGAGGAUAAGGCAUGCUCCAAAACUUGGCAUUGUCUGUGGAUCGGGUCUGGGAGGGCUGGCAGAUGUUGUGGAGGACAAACAGACUAUUAAAUACUCUGAGUUAGAGGGACUCCCAGUUAGUACAGUUCCUGGUCAUGUGGGACAGUUUGUGUUUGGUCUGCUGGAUAAGGUACCAGUCAUGUUGAUGCAGGGGCGGGUCCAUGUUUAUGAGGGGUAUCCUCUUCAUCGUAUUGUUUUGCCAAUAAGGGUGAUGUGGAAACUUGGAAUAAAGAACCUGAUUUUAACAAAUGCAGCGGGAGGAAUCAACCCAGAGUAUAAAGUGGGGGACGUCAUGAUCAUGAAGGACCACCUCAACCUUCCAGGAUUCUGUGGGAUAAAUCCCCUCAUAGGCAUCAACGAUGAUAGAAUUGGUCCAAGAUUUCCACCAAUGUCUGAUGCAUACAACAAAGAAUAUAGAGAAAUUGCAAAGGAAACAGCCAAAGAGCUGGGAUUUUCUGACUUUAUACGAGAGGGAGUCUAUAGCUUCCUGACUGGGCCAACAUUUGAAACGGUGACAGAGUGCAGAUUGUUACGCUUGAUUGGAACUGAUGCCACAGGAAUGAGCACAGUACCUGAGGCCAUUGUAGCCCGUCACUGUGGAAUGGAAGUCCUAGCUAUGUCUCUAAUUACAAACUCGUGUGUGAUGGAAUUCGACUCUGACCAGACGGCCAACCAUGAAGAGGUGCUAGAAACCGGCAAGUCACGCUCCAGUGACAUGCAGAAACUCAUCACAAAAAUCGUAGAGAAGAUCGCAGCUGAGUGAUUUCUCUGUCCCACCCACUCCAUGGCAUAAUCCACAGCUAACCCUCUCAUUAAUUCCACGACAUAAUCCACAGUUAACCCACUCAAUAAUUAUUGUAGGCGGUUUUGUUGAAUUCAGAUCUGAACAAAAUUUGGUAUAUGAUUUUUCAACUUUUUUCCCCAUUUGACAGGAAUUCAUAGAAUGGGUUUUUAUCUCAGGCUUAUUGAUGGUUAAAUGGCUCAAUGAUCUCAAUUCGAGGGGUUUUUUUUAGUAAUUGAAUGUUGAUCAAAUUUUUUUAUUGUAUUUUUUUGAAAAAAAAUAAUUAAAUAAAUUAUAUAUACUCACAUUUAGAUAACCGCAUCAGUAUUUUCAGGAGCAAGAAGAUACUUCCAGUGCAACAAUCUUUGGAGAUGUGUAUUAACUUUUAUAGCAUUUAUUUUCUUGAAGAAGGGGAGGCUAGGAAGAUUCUCAAACAAACUAGGAAAAUAAAUUCAUAUUGUGUAACAGAGAGAAAUAGGGAAACAGGAAGAAAAAAAUAGAUAAUAAAAUGUGUAAACUGAAAAAAAAAACUUGCAGAAAAUUUAUGUGAAGGAAUAGUCAACCACUUGUUCACAACUGAUACAUUCGUAUAUAUUCAGCAUUGAUUUGCAUUAUUCAUCUUCACGUUCUUUUUACAAGACAAAGCUUUAAUUUUAAACAAGGUUGUGUAACCAUAUAUAUUUAUAUAUAUAAAUACAUUCAACCAUUUUU